CUCGAUUAUUCUCCCCUGAUCUAGUAGGGCUUGGCCUCCUCUCGGUGUCUGUCGCGUUUUAUUGUAGUUUUCUGUCCAGCUUCAGAGUUGUUGCUCUACAUUAUUGUAAGAAACAAUGGCAGACGAAGAAUUAGAGGCAAUAAGGCGGCAAAGGAUGUCGGAGCUGCAAGCAAAGCAAGGGGAUGCUUCGAAUAAUCAGCAAGGAGAAGAAGCCAAACAAAGAGAAACGGAAAUGAGAAACUCUAUAUUGGCUCAAGUCCUAGACCAGUCUGCCCGUGCAAGACUGAGCAAUCUUGCGCUGGUGAAGCCAGAGAAGGCCAAAGCCGUGGAAAACUAUCUUAUUCAAAUGGCUCGUUUUGGACAGUUAGGAGGGAAGAUUUCAGAAUCGGGCUUAAUCGAGAUCCUAGAAAAAGUCAGCCAGCAAACAGAGAAGAAGACCACUGUCAAAUUCAACAGACGGAAGGUGAUGGACUCAGAUGAGGAGGACGAUUUCUAACUUUAAACAAAGUCCUGGAAUGAGCCAGAAGUACAGAAGUAGCUAUCCAUUGUUGGGACUCCAAUGGUGUCUUUGACUUGUAUGUUUUUAUCAAAUGCCUGGGAUGACACACACAUUUGGAAUGGACGCAUCAAGACAAAAGAACAAGGACAUUUGAGUAAUAUUUAGGCAUCUAGUGGGUGAUAGCGCAGUUUCCAAGAAGGUUUUUUUUUUUUUCCCAGUCUCCUUUUGCUCAAGUUGCUACAAAUCUGUACAGCUUGAUGGCACCGUGUGGCUCCUCCAGACUUUCAUAAUUGUUUUUUUUUAUUACAGUUAUUAUUCUGUUUACCAAACAUUAAAUUUUCAACAAGUCACACUGCUGCAAAUUUCUUUUGAACUCUUCUGCAAAUUCAAUGCAUGCAUUUUUCAGAGCUAUUAGUCCACUAGUUUGGGAUUUUGCUCAAUGAUAUUUUCUUGUUGCUGACUUAUAUUGCAAGGCUUUACAAAAAAAAUAAAAC